AUGACAGAAUUUGCUCUGGAUCUUACGAAGGUAGCGGUAUCAUUGAAGUACAUACUGAAGGAAGAUUUCCCUCCCAUCAGGAUAAAACAUGACAAUAAUGUGCUAUCAUACAUUCUACUAAAAGACAUGGAGCGUGAACCUAUUAAAUAUCCGAUAAUCGUUGAUGUUGCUGAGACAGAAAUAGAUAAUACGUCCAUCACAGUGCCAAUCAAUGCACAUUUCAGUGUCACAGUUGUAUAUAUCGCGGAUGCUAGAGAGGUAGAAGAAGGAAGGAUGUUCUGUGAUAAUGAUGUUUUGAAAAUGAGGCUGUCGUUUUUUGCCAUACAGAACAUGUUUGAGUUUAUGGUUGAACAGUCCGACAAGAGAGAAUAUGUUGUGAGGUGUUCGAAUGGUGGAAUAUUGGGAUCUCAUAGGCAAGUGUCAUCUAAGGUUGUUUCAUCUACAAUUAAGUACAAGUACACAUCGUCCCGUAUUAUAUAUACACCAAAGGACAUAUACAAUGACAUGUUGAAUACUUAUGGGGUUUAUUUGGGUUAUUCGAAAGCUUUGAGAUCUCGCGAGCAAACUUUGAAAAUGAUUAGAGGUGAUCCAGCCCAGUCAUUUGGUAAGUUAUCAAGUUUCUUCUACAUGCUCCGACAGAAAAAUUCUGGUACGGUCACAGAAAUAGAGGUUGAUAGUCACAGUACCAUUUUCACAGCAUGUACACAAGAUGCAAAUAAUAGCAUAUUCGUUCUUGCUUUUGGAAUUGGAGAUAAUGAGAACGACAAAUCUUGGAAAUGGUUUUUCGAUAAUUUGAAGAAGGCGUAUGGAAACAAAGAAGGGCUGUGUUUUGUAUCGGACCGUCACCCAAGUAUAAAGAAUGCGAUAGAACAUGUGUAUUCGGAAGCCUGUCACAAUAUUUGUUCUUAUCAUUUGCUGCAAAAUCUAAAAUCAUAUUAUGGAAAGUCAGGCCAAAACAUUACACAAGCAUUCAAUUCGACUGUUCGUGCUUACACACUUGAAGAAUAUGAUUAUAACAUAUCUCUGCCGACAACGAUGAAUGAGAAGAUUAUUUCAUACCUGGCUCAUUUUGGACCUGAAAAGUGGUCAAGAAUACAUAUGCCAACAAACAGAUAA